GGCGGCUCCGCGCGGGGCCCUGCCCUCGGGUUUCCCUUCUGUUUCUCCGCUCCCUGGCGAGGAUGCGGGCCGCCGAGUGGUGCCUGAGCGCGGCGGGCGCUGCCCUCGUCAUGGCCACCUCCAGCGACCCGCGGCACCCGGCCGGAAACGUGGCGGACGGAAGUUCCGAAACGUUCUGGACGACAACAGGGAUGUUCCCACAGGAGUUCAUCAUUGGCUUUCCCAAACGUGUGACCGUCAGCAAAGUGGCGAUCCAGUGCUACCUGGUGCGGACCUUAAGGAUUGAAAGAAGCGUAUCAAAAGACCCAGUAGACUUUGAAGAGUGCAUUGAAAAAGAUUUGCAACACACAGAAGGACAGCUUCAAAUGGAAGAGUUUCCACUUCCUGAUUUCCAGGCCACUUAUUUGCGAUUCAUCAUCAAAUCUGCCUUCGAUCACUUUGUAUCGGUGCACAGGGUGAUGGCAGAGGGCACAGCAGAAGACACUUAAGUCUGGCUCAAAUUUGUACCUCAUCUUUUUGGUUUUAUAUUUUGGUAUCUCUGUCAAAGGAAAUAUUUAUUACAAGCUAGUAUUAAAGUGUUUUUGAAGAUACAGAGGUAGUACGUGUUAACCAUCAGUUUAUUAUAUUGAACACAGUGCUCUCAUUAAUUGUAUUAACAGAUUUUAUAACCUAGAGUGUUAAAAAAACUUGAAUGUAACCAGAUCCAUUUAAAUAACUGUGUUUAGCUCACGCUUUCUUUAUACAUGAAUUAAAACUCAUUUUUCUGUGAGAUGUUUCCCUUGCAUUCUGAGUAGAAAAGGUGUGACAAACUUAAAUGUCAAAGAAGCUCUUCAGAAGUUCUUAAAUUGGAAAUUUUCUCAUCAACUCAAACUGUUUAAUAGGAUGAAUGGAAGCUACUAAUGCUUGUAAAUAACCAGGAGGAAAAAGACAAGCGAGAACCAUGGUGGUCUGAAAGGUUUGUUUGUUUAUUUGUUUCCAUGAUUGAGACCAAUCCUUUGCUUCUAAAAAUAUUUUAUAAAAUCAGGUCACAGCUGUCUGUGCUUUAUGCUGUGACCGUCAUAACAAAUAUUAUAGAAACAAAUGUCAAGAGAUUGUCUCAUUCAGAAGCCUUCUAAAGUGAGUGAAACUGAAUGUUUAGAAAAAUGGUGUGUAUACAAGAGAGAGAGAAACUUACUAAUGUGAAAUCAGUUGUUCUGCAUGAAAUUGGCUCUUGCAAAUGGCACCACCCCUAAGGCUUGUCCUGCACCGUAGGAAUGUGGGUGCUGGUAUCCAGACAUAACAGCUCAAUGGAUUCCAGUGGCGCAGGAAGAUGGACGUAAGCGCAGCAGCUGAGGUGGCUGUGACAGACCUGAACAUCUCCAGACACACGGAUGAUGAACCAUGUUACAGAUGGUCUUCAAAUGCACGUACAUUAUUCUCUU